AUGCCCCCCUCCGCACGGGAGGUGGAAGAGGUGAUUUUGGCCACCCUGAAACGCGGCGAUUGGGCACGCGCGGCAACUCUCCUUGCCGGUGCUGUGAAGCUGCCGUGCGUCCCGACGUCUCGGACGUACAUGGAGGUGGUUGCUGCUGUGGUGACACGGAGCACUUGGGAAGACACGGUACGAGUGCUGGACCGGCUGCAGACUAGCCCGCUUUCUGCCCGCGCUCUGUACCACACGGCGGCGGACGCACUGCUUCUGGGUCUCGGUAGUGUGGCGGCGGACUCACUGCUUGCAAUCAUUCUCGCAGCCCGGCGCCGCCGAGUGCCGUUGGCACCCCGCCACCACGUGCAGUGCAGCCAUCUGCUGUUGGGUGUCGGAGACUGGUGCGGCGCCAUUCUUGCAGGCUCGCAGGAGCGCCUCGUCCAACACGUGCCAGCCCUCGCACAUCCGAUGAUGCUCGCAGCAGCAGCCGGUCGUCAGUGGAUAGUUGGGUCGAAAAUCAUGUCCUCUCUUCUUGUGACAGGGAGUGCACCGAGUGGGAAUGUCACCGAGAGUUUCAUCCGCUGUUUCACGCCUACGUCGCCGUGGUGGCGGGCACUUGCUGUCGCAUCUGUUCUCUCCUCCUCCUCCUCCUCUAGCGAACCGGGUGUCUCUCAAGCCGCACGCGAACUCCGCGCAGAGGUGGAAAGAGGUGUUGAGUUUCCGGGAAUUGACGCUGAGAAAAAAAGGUUCCAUACAGCAACGCAUCCUGUAGAGGGUCAUGUGCAAUCGGAUGAUUUCACACUGGAGGAAGCAACAGUGGUGCUCGCCACUAUGAAGGAGCAACACUGGGAUAAGGCUCUAAAUUUGCUCCGCAGUUUCCCCGCGUUGCUGAGCAUUGCACCACGGUCUCGCGCGUUGUUGUCGCCGAUGGCGCUACACAACACUGCAGCCCGGCGCUACUACUACUGGGAAGCCGUCUGGCAGGCUGUAUCCCAUUCCCUAGCUUCUGCCCCCAUAGACGAGGCUCUCACCAUCGCUUGUUCUUUCGCUGAGUACGUGCGUGCGCAAACUGCAGCCGCUGAUAACAAGGGUGGUGACAGCAGCUUGCAAGAGAAAAUGGAGGAGGUUGAACGGGCGGGACAUACAAUGAGUACUUUCAUCAGCACUCGUUUCAGAGAAGAAAAGAGAUCGUUGGAGCCGGUGGCCCUCCACUCCUUUGUGCAGGCUGCCUGUGCCUGUGGUUGGUGGGAAGACGCACUAUCCCUCACUGAACGACCCGCAGUGGUUUUCACGGCGCUCGUGCAGGGUUGCCGUUGGCAGGCCGCUAUGGCGGUGUACGGCGCGAUGCAGCCGAGUGCCCAGGAGCGGGUGGCACCCCAACUGGAGCACCUCUACAUCUCGAGGGGUUUAUGGGUACCAGCCCUGCAAUACGCCCAGCAGCGUCUGCCUGGGGACACACUGGCGCUGCGCAACCUUGCCAUCCCGCUCUGUGGAGCCCUUGGGCAAUGGUCUCGUGCGCUGUCGUUGUUGCGUCAUGUUUCGAACCCCACUGCAUUGGAAAAUUUGCUUCAGCGUCACUGUAUCAUGCAGCAUAGUGAAGAAUGCGUUCGCUCCGCCUGUAGAAGUGGCGACUGGAUGAAGGCGCUGCAGAAAUGGGAAGUUAUUCGCCGACUCGCUCAUGACCAGACGACCGUUUCCUUUGGAGGAAAAAGAGAAAUCGAGGAAGAAUCACAGUUGCGGAUGUCGCCACACGCUGUAAAGAGUGUAGCAAAACUUCUCCUCGAUCACCAACGCUAUGAUGAGUGUUGUAUGGUGGUUUCGGCGCAUACACCGACUGCCUCAGACCCUGUUCUCUUGCGUUGCUUACAGCUCUUUUACCACAUUCGUCAAUCACCUCUUUUAUAUGGACGUGUACUCCAGAAGUACAGAGAGGCUCACACACCGUACAGGAUAGUGCUCGACUGCUACGCGAUCCUCGCACUGGGUGUUAGCGAAAACCACGUUGGAGCAUUUUCAAUACUCCAGCAGUUAAUGUCUGAGCAGAACGCAGAUGGGGAUAUUACCAUUGCCCAGAGGCUAGAUGAAGUGCCUCACGUGAAGACGCUGCUGUCAACCAUCCUAUGUCAUAUUACGGAACCUUCGCGAGCAUCCGAUGUGGAAGCUGUUAUGGCGUCCCUCACGAAGUGCAUGAGGUCUCUAGACGAUAUUGACUUUUUAAGCAAGCCUUUGACUGCGUUCUGGGCAAGUGAGAAUGAGGCACUUCGCGGAUGCGCAUUUCGCGUGUCGGUGGGACUGCUCCAGCACAUGACAGCGCGUGAACUUCCCGUCCCCUGGGCCGUCAUGCGGAUCCUGGCUGAGGGGCUGCAAGGUUCCUCAUCACCGUCCACUGUCAAUCAUCUUUACAAGGCUCUUCUGCAUCGUAGCUCCUUUGAUGCAUCAAGGCUUCUCGUCAUAGGUGGUGGUGGUGGUAGUGGUGGUAGUGGUGAAGACGUAAGCGGGGAGAAAAGUGAAGUACUACGGACAUGGCAAGAAGAUAAAUGUGUGCUAUUUAGAAUGUGCGCACAGGCUUUCAUCCAUGAGGGGCAGUGGGAGCGUGCCCUCGACGCGAUGCAACACUGUGAAACGGCAGAUCCCGAGGUGCUGUUCCGCACAGCUGUGCUCGCCAAGGAGGAGAAGGAGCGCCGAAAAAGAAUGGUACAUUGUGUUGUGGCGGAAGCGGUGGCAAAUAACGAAGAUGGGCUGCAUUAUGUCACUUCAAGACGGCAAGUUGAGGGCGCCUUAUUGACUCUGAUGCAGCUUCAGGCGUGGAGAGAAGCCCUUGUAUUAUUUAAUAGCAGCGUGGCCCCGUAUCAACGGUUUGACAAUACGGGUCGUGUACCUGGCCCCGUCUUUGGGGCGCUACUCUCAUGUGUUGCGACUUCUGCGCCAUGGGAAACGACGCUGCGGCUUCUGACAAAGGUGCAACAGGAACUUCCCCCUGGCGCUAACUCCCUCGAUAAGGGGCUCACAGAUGUGCUCCGCUCCCUGCGGUGCCAUGGCGGCCCAAUUAUCUGCAGCAGGGUGCUCUUGUUUAUGGUGGAGGAAAUGGGUAUCGCGCCCACGCCGGAACAAUACGAAGUACUUCUGCAUUCGUGUUUGGGAUCACAGCUAACAACGGUAGAGCGGGACGCGUGCGCGGUGAACCUGAAGCGUCUCAGCCGUUCCCUGAAUGAGAAACAGGUUCUUGAUCUGGUUCUUGCUAUCACCAAGUCAAGGGGUUCGUGGGAGGAACAUGAGGAUGGUGUUGUUGACGCCGAUGACGUGCGAAGUUCUACCAACGUGGGAGUGCAACGACGGCACAGCUCACAUCAGUGUACAAGUUUAACGAGCUGGAUGCCUAAGGAGCGUCCGCCGCUGAGUGCGGAGGAGCUGCGCCAGCUUUACCACCUUGCACCGCUCAUCAUUCUCGCAACGCCGAGGAGACUGGAGGGGCUCUCGCGGCAGGCUUUUAUGGCACGUUUUAGGCCGUUCGAGCUGAAGCUCCUGCUUCAGCAUUAUCGGCUGGAGGUGCUAGCGCACUUGGAUGACUGUGAUGACGACGGUGCAUUUGCUUUCGAUGCGCAUCUAGUCGAGCAUUGCCAAAACAACCAACUGCUGCACGUUCUUCUGACAGCGUACGAGGGCGCGUGGCUACGGUUAUCUCGGACCGCUGCAGGGGAGAACAAGUCUGAGUUCUUGGAACAGCUGCGGUGUGAAGUCUUUAACGGUUUCGCAUCGCCGCGGGCGGUUAUGGCUGUAUGGGAGGCGUGCCGUUCUUCCGUGUCACAGUUGGCGGCGCAGCGGUGGCCGUGGCUCUGCGAGUAUGAGCUGUUACGAGAAGUGCGGCGGCGAGGCGGCAGGACCCCGGCGUCACUACACACUCGGCCGGGGAUGUCGAAGACGACGAUUGCGUCUUAUUGGGGUACGUAUGGUCGGGUUUUAUGGCCCGAGAUGUUUCUCAGUGGGCCGGAAUUGUGCCAACUGGCAGUGUAUGUUCCUCUAGUUGAGCCGUUGCUUGGCAAGGAACACGAACAACAGUUCCGUGAACUCCUCACUGGCAUUCAAGUAGCACACUUCUCUCCGGAGGCAAUACCACAGCAGGAGAGUCUUCUGCGCCAACCGCGCUCGGUAGAUGCAAUCCGCGCGGUCUUCAGACUGGCCUUCAAAACGUUGAAGCGCCUCCACGCGCAGCUUGACAUGGACGCGCGCGGUGGGCGAUAUUAUUAUCACCACUACCCUGAUGCCUCCCUCUGGCGGCGGUACGCGCAGCAGUGUGAUGUUCUCCCCGCAGGCCGGCGAUUGUCGCGUUGGUCGCUCGCACUGCGUAUUCUGCAUCACUACCGGCGGUGCACCACGACGGCACUGCAGCCACGCACACUGGCUGCCCUGUUUGCCGCAUGUGCCGCCGACGCCGCUGAUGGUAUUUGUGGCUCCUGCGAGGCUCACUGUGGGGAGGGAGAGAUUUCAUGGUGGGCGAUGGCGCUUCAGUGUGCACAGAACGUGGAGCCGGCGCUUAGCCGAACGCUUUGGCGCCAUGCUAUGCAACUAGCAUGUGUGUCGUCAUCGCCGUUGGCCCGUGGAAGCACAGCGAACGCUGGCGAGUACCGAGCCGAGGAUAUGUGUGACACUUCUCUGCAGGCAAUCAUUCGCGUUGUGCUUUAUCACGUUAAGGGUAGUGAUGCCAGGCGUAUCCCUUUCCGUGUGUCCUUGCUGUUGGUUGACAGAAUGAAAGAAUUACUCUGUGUAUCGCCUUCCUUUGGUGCUGCGCAGCGCGAGGACAAUAAUAAGGGGGAGGAUGCUCUAAUUGUGUGGGUGCUGCUGCAGAAGCAUCAUUGUUUGGAGAAGAUGGAGCCCCUACACGCUGCACUGCUCAAACGGCUUGUGCUGGAGGGACAGUCCCCCACUCAUGUGGUUUAA